AUGGACAGCGAUGAAAUAUAUGACGCUGCUGGAGUUGUCAUUGGCGUCCUCGCCAUAAUCUUCCUCAUAGUCUUGAUCUCCUGCUGCAACCGAAGGCAAUCUCCCGUUGACCCGUCUGACAACAACGACAGCUCUGCAACCAUCGAACAAGGCCUUGAUGAAGCCACCAUCUGCAGCUACCCGAAGCUACUUUACUCUGAGGCCAAGCUGCGAAUGGUUGGCUCUGUUUCAGCUCCUUCCUGUUGUUGCAUAUGCUUGGCAGACUUCGAAGACAAAGACGUCUUGCGAUCUGUGCCUAAUUGUGGCCAUUUCUUUCACCAAAUUUGUGUAGACAAAUGGCUGCGGCUUCAUCCCACUUGCCCAAUUUGCAGAAACUCGCCUCUGGAUCCAUCUGCAGUUUUGGUGAAUUCUGUUGAGGUAGUUGAGGUAUAA